AUGAAGGACCAGAAGCAGGAGGCCUACUGGCAGGAAACAGGUCGAUGGGGUGGGUAUGAGGAGAGCUUCGACCCUCAGGCUGGUGUUUGGGCCACCUCACAUGUCUCCUACCUCACCUUCAAGAGCCUCAUCCAGCUCCGUCGCACUAUGAAUACAGGUGUGACAAUUUUCGACUGUGAAGAGCAGACCCUGGCCAGCAUCGCAGAGAAGAUGGUCAGUGAGAUGGUGAACAAGAAAGAGAUCAGACCUGGAGACCGAGAAGGAGUGCUGAACUCUCUGCUUCAGAACCGGAGCCAAUCAGAUCCAGAGAGCCAAGCUCUGACAGACGGGGUAGACCUGAAGAAGUUUUCAGUUAAGGAAAGGAGGGAUGAAGCUGACCAUGUUGAAGCCUCUAUGGUGCUAGUAGGAGCGUUGGAGUUUCUAGAAAGGCCUACGGUUGUGUUUGUACGUCUGAAGGAGGCGGCAGCGCUCGACUCUGCGUUGGAGGCCCCGGUGCCAGUACGCUUCGUGUUUGUCCUCAUUGGCCCCAGCAAGGCUGACAUAGACUACCACGAGACUGGACGUACAAUGGCAGCACUCAUGGCUGACAAAGUGUUCAAUCAGGCAGCCUUAAAGGCGAAGAGCAGCCGAGAGCUUACAGAUGCUGUGGUCAACUUUAUGGACUGCAGCAUUGUCAUCCCGCCCACUGAAAUCCAGAAUGAAGCCAUGCUUUCAUCAAUUAUCAGCUUUCAAAAGAAACUGCUUCAAGACAGAUUCCAGUCCUCUGAGCCACCCACCCGUCUGGACUCCAAGACUCGCAAGGUUUCCAUCUCUUCAGGGACGCCUCCUGAAGACCCCUUGGCCCGCACAGGUCGGCCAUUUGGUGGAAUGAUGAAAGACAUAAGGAGGCGUUACCAGCAUUACAAGAGUGACAUCACAGAUGCUCUUAACGCACAAGCCCUCGCCGCCAUCAUUUUUAUCUACUUUGCAGCCUUGUCUCCUGCCAUCACCUUUGGAGGACUGUUAGCUGAUAAGGUUGACAACAUGAUGGGCGUUCCAGAGCUCCUCAUCUCCACCAGCAUUCAGGGGAUCAUUUUCUGCUUUGUUGCUGCUCAACCCGUCCUGGUCAUUGGUUUCUCUGGUCCUCUGUUAGUGUUUGAGGAGGCCUUCUUUGCUUUCUGCAAGUCCCAGGACAUUGAGUAUAUUGUGGGGAGAGUUUGGGUUGGAGUGUGGUUGGUCAUCAUUGUGGUCGUCAUAGUAGCCUUUGAGGGCAGCUUCCUGGUGCGUUUCAUCUCCCGUUUCACCCAGGAAAUCUUCUCCAUCCUCAUCUCCCUCAUCUUCAUCUACGAGACCUUCGCCAAACUGGGGAGGAUCUUCAAGGCCCAUCCACUGAUUCUAAAUUACGAUCAUUUGAAUACAACUGUAGAAAAUCCCUGGCGACCAAGGGUGGAAGAGACAAUCUUUUAUGACAAUGCUACUGGCAAUACAACCAUUAUCAUAAACACUAUUAAGCCACCUUAUCCAAACACAGCCCUACUCUCAAUGUGCCUCAUGUUGGGCUGCUUCUUCAUCGCUUUCUUCCUUCGCCAGUUCAAGAAUGGCACAUUCCUUCCUGGAAAGAUCAGACGUUUGAUUGGGGACUUUGGCGUGCCUAUUUCCAUAUUCCUCAUGGUUCUUGUGGACUACAGCAUUGAAGAUACGUACACCCAGAAACUAGUGGUUCCAAAAGGUCUGAUGGUGUCCAACCCAGCCAAAAGAGGCUGGCUUAUCAAUCCUUUUGGAGAGCACCAGACCUUCCCAGUGUGGGUGAUGUUUGCAUGCUGUAUCCCUGCAAUGCUCGUCUUCAUCCUCAUCUUUUUGGAGUCUCAGAUCACCACUCUGAUUGUGAGUAAACCUGAGAGAAAGAUGGUCAAAGGCUCUGGGUUCCACUUUGACCUGCUAGUUUUAGUUGGAAUGGGCGGGUUGAGUGCGAUAUUUGGGGUGCCAUGGCUCAGUGCUGCCACAGUGCGAUCUGUCACCCAUGCUAACGCCCUCACUGUGAUGAGCAAAGGACCAAAACCUGUGAUUGAGAAGGUGAUUGAGCAGCGGAUCAGUGGCAUUGUGGUUGCCUUGCUAGUUGGUCUGUCCAUUUUGAUGGAGCCGAUCCUAAAGAUGAUCCCUAUGGCUGCCUUGUUUGGGAUCUUUCUCUACAUGGGAGUUACCUCACUCAAUGGCAUCCAGCUUUGGGAUCGAAUGCUGCUACUGCUGAUCCCUAAGAAAUACCACCCUGAUGAACCUUACGCCACAAGAGUAAGCACUGGACGAAUGCACUUGUUCACAGCCAUCCAGAUUGUGUGUCUGGCACUUCUAUGGAUUAUUAAGUCCAGUCCGGUGUCCCUUGCCCUUCCUUUCAUACUCAUCCUCACCAUUCCCCUACGCAUGUUUAUGACCGGGCGGCUCUUCACUGAACUGGAGAUGAAAUGUUUGGAUGCAGAUGACGCCAAAGUGACAUUUGAGGAGGAGCCAGGACAGGAUGUAUACUGUGAAACUCAGAUGCCAUUAUAGAUCAUUUAAUGGCAGC